AUGGCGACAACCUCACAGUCACAGACGAACGGCGUGCCCUCAUCCUCCUCCGCCGGUCCUUCACAGGCGCAAUCCCAACCGACACAAAACACCACAACAAGCGGCACGGCGACAUUGUCUAACACACAAAGCACAGCCACACUGACAGCCGGGCCCUCCAACGGCCCAUCCUCACCCACAGCACACGCCCCGCGGCCCCGCGACGCGCGCACCAUCGAGCUGCUGCUCACCUCCCAAGGCGUGACCUCCUUCGACAACCGCGUGCCGCUCCUCCUGCUCGACUUCGCCUACCGCCACACAUCCUCAAUCCUCAACGAUGCCUUACACCUCGCCGCAGACCCAUACACGUCGCACGCGGGCGCGAAGCCCAGCGCGGCCAGCGGUGCCGUGCCGAUGGCGCCGAGCAACAGCGACGCGACGCUCAACCCCAACGCCGUCAACCUGGCGAUCGCGAGCCGGCAGGCCUACCAGUUCCGCGGCGGCAGCGGGGCGGGCGGGACCGGCGGCGGCGGCGCCAGCAAGGACUGGCUGAUGGAGCUGGCGCGGGAGCGCAACCGCGUGGCCCUGCCGCGCGUGCUGGCCAACGAGUGGGGCGUGCGCCUGCCUAACGAGCGCUUCGUGCUCAGCGGGGUGGGCUGGCAGUUGCGGGACCACUGGGCGGGUGCCGCGGGGCCCGAUAGCGACGACGACGAGGAUGGGGACGGAGAAGGUGGGGAGGGCGGCGCGGAUGAGAUGGAGGGACUGGAGGACGCGUUUGGACCGCAGAAGAAGGAGUCGGCUCCGGGUGCCGAAGGCGAGGAGGGCGGUGGGCUGGGCGAGCUGAUCGGUGAUGACAUGGAGGACGACGAGGACAUGGAUGGCAUGGAGUAG